AAUGAAACCUGUGUAGCUCUACUCUCUCCCCUCUCUCUCUCUACAUCCUUAACAGGAGCAACAUUGGCCACCUCCUGACAUGGAAGCUGAAGUUGAGAUCCAUGAAGAAGCUGAAGUUGAGAUCCAUGAAGAAGCUGAAGUCGAGAUCCAUGAAGAAGCCAAAGAGAUGGGCUCACAGAAGCCUAAGCAAACAGUGGAGGCAAGAGUAACAAGACCUCCCCACAAUUAUGUGGCCAUUGUCAAAGAUUCCGACGUGCCCACUGAAACUUCCUCUCUCCACAAGCUCUGCCAUCAGCUCUAUGACGGAGUUGUUCUGAAACAGGGGAAGAGAAAGUAUUGGGUCGACAGGCAUCUCAACAAGAAUUGCUUCAUGCUGUUUGCGAGGGAGCUUGCUAUUACAUGGGGCGACGACAACCGGUACUGGGGAUGGAGGACCGUCAAAGAGUCCGGUAACGUGGAUGUUGAGGUAGCUGAACUGAGAAGUGUGUGCUGGCUGGAAAUCAGUGGGAAGUUCCGAACGAUCAUGCUCUCUCCAAAGACCUUGUAUGAAGUGUCGUUGGUGGCAUUCAUGACUGAGUCAAGUCGGGGUUGGCGCCUUCCCGUAAACAUCAACCUUACUUUACCGGACAAGUCGAAGCUGGAACACGCGGAGAGUUUGCAGGAAAUGCCCCGAGGAAAGUGGAGAAACAUUUGGAUGGGCAAAUUCACGACGUCAUCCGAAAAUAUCGGAGAAAUCACAUUUUGUAUAUCCGAAUACAGUGGUAAUUGGAAACAGGGGCUCCUCGUCAAGGGUGUUGCUUUUCAACCCAAGAACUGAAGUUGGUGGGUGAGGCUUUGGCUAUUGCUUCUUAUGUUCAAAACUGCAAAAAAAAGAGCCUUUAUAUGGAUUGUUGUCUCGACUCGCGCAUGUUUGCGGGUACCCAUAAGUCUUCUUCCUACCUUGUUGCUCAUGUUGUAACUUGUGAGGCACGUUAAUACUUGUUUUUCUCGAAUUUAUCGUUUA